AUGGACACCCGCGAGUUUGCCACGAGAGACGAACUGUGGCGCAUUCAAGAGACGUUGAACGACCUCUCGGCAACGCAGGCUCUUCACUCAGAUCGCAUCAUGCGCUUGGAGCAGAAGGUUCCUGAUGGCAGCAGACCUAGAAGUCUGUGGGGGGCGAGCUCUCCAUUUCCCCUGGGCUCUUCCCAUCACGAGUCGACGCUCAACCCGGCUGCUGAAGCUUUCCGCAACUUUGAUGCAGAUCCUAUGAUAAGUUCUUUGACCCUUGACCCCACCGACGACCCGCGGAGAGCUGUUGCAUCAAGAGCCAACUCCGUACGCUUUGACGAGAGUGCCAACAACCACUAUGGCUCCUCGAGACAGUCUAUGGAAUUGCCCACACGCACAGGCAGUGGACUAGGUGGCCAUGCGCUCUCAGAGAGAUCUCUUUCUCAUCGUUCUGACGGGAGGCCCGCACCUACUGGAUUUGGUCGUACGAACAGCUUUGGUCUCGAACAGAGUCGGCUGCUUGGUUCCAUUCACAACUCGCCUCGAGUUUCAGGCAAUCCCCCACCAGGGUUCUUCAUCUUAGGGCCAUGUCCGGCCAUCAUCCGAUGCUGGCUGACUCAAUCCUUCUCCAAUACCUCAUUACUCUACGCUGCCCUGUGCACCGGCUCGGCGGUUUCGUCUGUCAGCCAGUCACUGUUGUCCAAACUUAACCUGACCGACACCAUAUUCGACGACGGAGGCUAUCGCUCUAUUCGGCUACCCGUGUAUCUGACCGAAGCCAAAAUCCACAGUCCUGCCGCUGUCAGAUCAGCCAGCCCGAUCCCACCCAUCCCUACUUUGAUGGUCAAGUUUGUGAUCGAUGAACAGACGGUGACCGGUUCGUCGAUUCAGAUCAUCCUAGGCAGCGAUGUUCUGAGAUCACACAACGCCGACAUUUUGUUCUCACAGGACAAGGUCAUGAUUUUUGACGAGGAACGUAAUCAGGUCUCGAUCCCCCUGUGCCGACCUGAAGACGAUGCCUCUUUCAAGGAUCUCUGCACGGUUCCGCGCCACCAUGCGUCUUCGAUAGGUGAGGCUCUACCGCCGCCAGCUUCACCAGUGGGAGUCAUUGGCCAAUCAGAGAGACUCAACACGGCGCAUACGACUGUAUCCCCUACAACAGCUCAAUCCAGUGGCUUGCACUCCGCUGCCCCGUCUGAACCAGGAGAUGUGCAUAGAGCCGACCAACCCUCGGAGCGAUCAAGACGAUCCAGUGUGGAUAUGUCUCAACCACGGCCUCCCGACGAUUCCAAGUCCACGACUGGCAGCGAGAAAUCAUUCACCGCGCCAACCUCGAAAUCUGGUUCGGGGGUGUGGUCUAAUUCCUGGCGUUCUGUAUCCUCGGGCACUCCAAACGAUGCAGGCUCCAAGACUUUGUCUAGUUACGCACGACCUCACACGCAGAGAACCAUGAAAAUUUUGCGGCCAGCAAAGACAAUGGCAAAUGCCACCAGAACUCCUUCUGCGUCCUCCACAGCGCCCAACGGUACAGAAGGAACGCAUGGAAACGCGAACGACAUUGGGAAGGCUGCAGCUCAAUCCGAUCCGAGCGGGGAGUCGAAAGGUGCGCAAUCGACCGCCACAGCACGAAGUAAUCCAAUUGGUUCAGGCACUGCCUUUGGUUGGUUGAACGCAGGGCCACAACGGAGAACAACCGCGAACAGUUGA